AUUAACGGGGAUACUGGAAUUAUGCGUCUAUUUCGAAGCGGCAUAUUUUUGAAAGCACCAGUUGGACCCGCACCCCCUCGCAGACAACCGGCAAUCAACGUCGCGGAACACAGGCCGCAGCCACUACCGCUACUACUUCUACUACCACCAAAGCUCGCGACUUGUUACUGUCAACAACUACAACUACCGUCAUUAACAUUAACACCGUCAGUGAUUACAUCGCAAAAACUACAAGACGAAAGAAGCACGAAAUUUAAAAGAAAAGUAAUGGUCUACAUGUGACAAAACUAGUUGAUUUAUACCGAAAAACAAGAUGUCGCAAUCCCACUAUUCGCUAAGAUGGAACAAUCAUCAGGCGCACAUACUGUCGGCAUUUGACGCUUUGCUCCAAGCCGAAACUCUUGUAGAUGUGACACUGGUUUGCGCAGAAACGUCCGUGAGAGCACACAAAGUCGUGUUGAGCGCUUGCUCCCCAUUUUUCCAGAGGGUUUUCUCCGAGAAUCCUUGCAAGCAUCCUGUCAUAGUCCUGAAGGAUUUUAGCGGAUGGGAGGUCCAAGCCAUCGUAGAUUUUAUGUACAAAGGUGAGAUCAGUGUUGUCCAAGAGCAACUGCAGAGCCUGAUCAAGGCUGCCGAGAGUUUACAAGUCAGGGGACUUGCUCAACAAGAUCAGUUCGCCGUUGAUAAGGAUUCCAGUGCAAUCACAAAUCACAUGCCGACGCCCUCGACCUCGCCGAACGAUUACGACAGGAAUUUUUAUCCCACGGGAAGGUUCCCGACUCCGGGAACUACAGUCAAAACUCCCGGGGAACGUUCGUCGCCCUUUUCGCCUCUGCCAGGUCCGAAUUUCGAACCGCCGUUGAAAUUACCUCACAUGUCGCAUUUAUCGUUUCCCGAAGCCCUUUUGCCGCGUCCGGAUUGUCAAUCGCCGAUCCCCAGAAGGAAACAGGCGAGGCCCAGGAGAAGAUCGGGAGAAAUGUGCGGAGCCCAGGAUCUUAGUACCACGGCACCUAAAGUACCCUCGUCGCCGGUCGAAGAGACGGCAGAGAAUUUGUGCAUGAAAAAACAUACCAAAGAAAGCGAUAAGCCCAAGGAGAUGCUCAAAGUAAAAAAGUUAGAAUCCAGAACUCCCGAACCCGAACUGACGAAUCAACACGAGAAAGACUACAGUUCUUCUUCGCCCAUGAGCUUGCCACCUAUGCUGAGUAUGCCUCAACAUGACUUGGACAAUCAUUCACCUUUAGCCUUUCCUCCCAUGCCUUCUGUUUCAGCACUUGCUAUGACACCUCCUCAUACGAAAUGUAAGCUUUUAUUAUACGCUUAG